AUGAGGGUCAUUAACUUGGGUCCUGAUCCGUCUCUGGCGUAUCGUCCAGAGGAGCUUCCCAACAACGGGAAAGACAUAUCUGACUUCAGAAACUUCGAGAACAGAGAUCUUUUUCAAUGUGUGUUUAAUACGUAUAGACUGAUGCACACACACCAGACCCUGGACUUUGUCAGAAAGAAGCAUGCCGAGUGGGCGGGUUGCACUCACGCUCAAAUGACUAUGAUGGAGAGCAUCGAUAGUCUGGACCAGCUGGUCGACGAAUCGGAUCCUGACGUCGACUUCCCAAACUCCUUCCAUGCCUUCCAAACUGCUGAAGGGAUCCGCAGACAACAUCCUGAUAAAGAGUGGUUCCAGUUGGUCGGUCUCAUUCAUGACGUUGGAAAAAUCAUGGCCUUAUGGGGAGAACCUCAGUGGGCCGUAGUGGGAGACACGUUUCCUGUUGGCUGCCGCUUUCAGAACUCCAUUGUGUUCAGAGACACGACAUUUACAGAGAAUCCAGACAACAAGGACGAAACACUGAACACGGAAUGUGGGAUUUAUGAAGCUCACUGUGGGCUGGACAAUGUUCUGAUGUCUUGGGGACACGAUGAAUAUCUCUACCAAGUGAUGAAGUUUAACAAGUGUCCGAUUCCUGAGGAGGGUCUCUACAUGAUCCGCUUCCACUCCUUCUACCCCUGGCACACACACGAGAACUACACACACCUGUGUAACGACAAAGAUGUCCAGAUGCUGCCCUGGGUCAAAGAGUUCAAUAAGUUCGAUCUGUACACUAAAAGCACGGACCUGCCUGAUGUGGAGCAGCUGAAGCCGUAUUACCAAUCACUCAUCGAUAAGUACUGCCCAGGAGUCCUGCACUGGUGA